CUCAAACUCUGACAGUGUACAUCCUGUGUGAGAAGCAAAAAAAACCCCGAACAGAGCCUCGUAAAAACAAUUUCAACCAUUUUCUUUUUUCAGCUUUACGCGAGACUUCGUUUUCUGUACUUAAAGGUGUGAUAUUGAGAGGAUGGAGGACACAGUUCUAAAAGUGUUUUUCGUUGUCGUCAGCAUGCUGCUCUCAAAGGAUCACAAUGUCACUCACGACCAAGAUGACAGCAUCACGGUGAGCAUGCAAAACCAUGAGCACUUUCUUCUGAAAGAGAGGACAAAGCUAGAACAAGGGGAGCACGCUGUUGCCAUUGAACUGCCACAUUCAAAUCAGGAAGUGUCACAAAGUGAUCGCAUGGUGCCAAGAAGAGAGGGGGAUAUGUCAGAUGUUCAACAAAUUAUGCCAAAUGUCAAGACCACGGAGCAUAAGGAGCAAAUGUCCCCAGUGGGAGAGCAAAAUGACUUCCGCCAAAAGGAGUUUGCACCAGAUGACCAGGAAAUACUGGAUAUUGACAAAGACAAAUGGACAUUGCAUAUGGAAGACCUAACACAUGAACAAGUCACUGUGGAACAGUCAGGGUCUACUGUGGACCAGAACGUCUCUCAGGGGGAUGCAACACAGCCGGAAAAGCCACAAAGCGGCCGGAUUGACACCCAUCAUGAAGUUGAUCGGGGAUUGGUCGUUGACCAAAACAAAUCCACUUCAAGCCAAGGGUCGACAAUGACAACUCAAGGGAAACAAUCUAGUGAUCAAGAGGACACCUUCACCUGGUACUUUUGGAAGACACUCUCCUUGAUUUCAUUACUUCGUUUUUUGAAAAUGUUCCUGAGAAAGGGUUUCAAACUGCAAAGGAAGAUGCAAUGCCAGAACAUCUUAUCUGGAAUAUCUAAUAUUGAUAACGAGACAUUAACUAGCUUCCAUAACCAGUGUGUCUUGGUUCCACCCAGUCACAGAUGGAAAACUUGUGAGUUUGUAGAAGGUUUUGUGAACGACCUUCUGGAAACUGUGAAAAAUAUGAGCGCUGCAGGUUCAGACAUGAAGAUUGCAGACCUUGUUGGUGUUGGCAGCUUAUACGAGCAAUGGGCUUCAAGGAAGAGCAUCACGUGCGACAUACACAUACCCAUCAUCCCACCAAAACCAUAUAGCUUAGAGUUUGAGGUUUUGAAAGAAAGUAGAGGUUCUUCAACCACCCAGUACUUUUGCAAAAUCAAGAUGGUCAAAGGCGCAGCCAGUUCAACCACCUGCCCUUGCAGCAAUUCCAACCUAGAUGAUGAUAUGUUGUGCCUUCUACAUCCAGAUAACAAAAAAGAUGAUCAUGUAACUGAAAGUUACAUUAAUGACCUUCUAUGUGAAGAGAACAGCUCAUAUCUUGCAAAAACACAUGUUGUGAAGUGGUUUAAAACAGCCAUUAGGAAAGCAUGGAAAGACAUCAGCCACAAAUAUGAGUUUGAGCUAAUAUUCCAGAAUAAGGAAAACCCUAGAAGUCUGAAAGUUCGGUUCAGGUCAGGACAGGUCAUUCUGUUCAGCCUCACUCCCAUUGUCAGGUUUAAAGACACAGAGGUACAUCUGAGCUCCCAUCUUCCCUCUACCAUAUUUCCUGAUACCCACUGGCCCAUGUGUUUUACGCACUAUGAAAACGCCCUUCUUCAGCACGCAACCAAAACGCUUCCUGACAAUGCGUGCCAUAUUCAUUGUCUGCAGAUCCUUUCCUUCCUACACAAACACCAAACUGACCUGACUGGACCAUGUGGGCUAACAAGCUACCAUUUGAAGAAUGCACUGUUGCAUCUUCUUGUCAACAACCCCUCAUCUUGGGACCCUGAGCAGAUGGUUUUGAAGUUAAGUGAUCUGCUGACCUUCCUCCUACAGAAACUCGAAGACAAAGCAUUUGACCACGCUCUGGUUGGGAACCCUCUUAUUCCUACUGAAAUUGGACUUCCCGAAGAGUUCAGAACAGGAAAGCCAAUUAACUUGUUUCUGCCAUUAUUAAAUGAGGAGUUGUACAUAAAAACCAAAACACACUUACUGGAGAUGAUUAGAAACAUGCCUGUGCUGAUAUAUGAAUAUGGAUCAGUAAAAAGUGUUCUGUAAAAAGAACCACUUAGUUUGUGAUAUUGUAUGUGUAUUGUAUGUGAAAAACCAUUAAAUCUUGUACUUAUUUAUCAUGCAUUCAAAUGUUUAUGGUGGUGGAAAAAAAAAAAAAAAAAAAAAAAAAAAAGACAAGAAUCAGCAAAUUCUGUUUAUAUCACUUUAACUUGUCAAGGCAUAACCACAUUAAUUAUAACAGUGUCAUCUUAUGAUCCAAUUUAAAACAUCUGCCAUCUGUAAAAGACAUCCUCCUAGUAAUCGGACUCCCAGAACAGCGCAAAGUCAGCAUGGCCAGUUAAUGAGAAAUCAGGCAUGGUCUCCUUUGGUGAAAGAAGUGAUGAUCCCUUUCCCAUCUUCAAGUCCCAGGAGUCACUGGUGAUCAUUGACCUACCUGUUAGAAACAGAAAAUCUUGGUCAGUGAGAAAGCAAUUUGAGCAAAUCAAACUUAAUUUGGGAAAUUAAAUUAAUUCUGACCAGUUGCCCUUAGAGGAGCAGGACAUGUAGAUGCACAGCAGUUACAGACAGAGGAAUCACCAUACAGCUCGGUCCACCUGAAGCACACAAAUGUCUACACUUACAGUCUUGGAUUAUUUUAAUAGUCUUUACUCUAAAAAUCAAGAUGGUUCAGUAACAGGAUAUUCAAGGAAGAUUGGAGCAGAAAGUUUGGGAAUAAAGGAGAGCGUGUAAACUCACCCCUUGUAUUUUGCGUUAUACGUGCAUGACUUGGCACUAGGUGUAGGGGUCUCUGGUCCAAAGUCAAACUCACAAUGCAUAACCAUGCUCUAUCAAGGGAAGAGAUUUAUUUUUAUUAUUAUUAUUAUUAUUUUUUAUUUUUUUUUUUUUAAAGGAAGGUCAACAAGACAAUGUAUUAAACAUGAAAACUUUAAACUUUUUUUUUUUUACCUUUUUGGAUGAUGGCUGGGAAACCAUGUUUUUAAACAUAAAAGUGGUCAUACAAAAUCUCACAGUCAACUUGUUAGGACUGGUGUAGAACUUUGUCAGAGCGCUGUUCUUACUGUCCACCAGGCAUCUAUACAGAGAUAAAGUUGGAACAAAACAGAAACGCCAAUCAUUUUUCUUCUGUUACAAAGCUACACAAUUAAAAGAUUGUGACCUCAA